AUGGCCCAGCAAGCCCAAGAAAAAGCCAGACAGCAGGUGGCAGAGCUUACAAAUGAAAACAAACGACUUGAACGCCAAAAAGCAGAUCUCAUCACUGGCUUCAAGAAACAGAUGCGCCUUAUUGACGUUCUCCGACGUCAGAAGGUAAAAUGGCUCCAAUUGAGAUUCUCUACGUUUGCCUUAUUUACUGCUUUAUUAUUUUCGAUUAUCAAAUAUGGAAUUCAGAAUAUUCACAUUAAACAGUUUGGAAGUCCGUAG